GGGAUUUCUGUAAUAGUUAUUUUUCUUCCAGAUGUGUUUGGUGGAAUAUGUUCUAUAUACACAGGACCGCAUGGAAAAAUGGAAUGUUACGAAAGUACGAGCUCGUAUUCUAAAUAUCAAUGGGGUACAUGUCUUUUGAAUGAAUAUAUCAAAACAAUCUCUAAAGGAAGACUCAGUUGUUCAGACAGCACUGCCACUUAUUGCUACUACCAAUGUAUGAUAGAGGUCUACAGUAUAUCAUCUGGUGCAGUGUAUGAUGAUUGUGCAUGUUCAUCGGGAGAGGAAUAUACCGACUCUGAACUAUCACUUCCAUCUCGUUGUUACAUCCCGUCAGGAACAGAUUGCUCAUGGUAUAAAGACUGCUUUAAAAGGCAAUUCAGUUGCAAUGAUACCCACAUAGAAUAUGCACUUGAAUUUGAUACAGCUUUCUGUAAUCUUUACUCACUAAACGAAAGUUUUUCAAAUCAUGGUCAACAGUGGAUUAAUGAAGUGAGGAAAUGUCUUCAAUAUUCCAUCCUCUCAACUCUUCGUCCAUGGCGGUCUCUAUCAUGCACGGAAGUUGAACAAGUAGUAACUGAUUCAUAUAGUCAGUGUUAUAUCCAGCCACAAACGAAGUUAUUGGAUGUUUCCAUCUGUCAUCUCAUUGCUUCAGACUACUUCCAGGUAUUUUGGACAGUCAGAUCAACCUUGGGACAGUUUUAUCAUUCUACAAACAGAUUUAUUGAUACUAUGUUUAAUACUUUGAAAAACUGUAGUGAAUCUUUUUAUCAAAAUGUUACAUUUGGCGAAGAAGUACGAAAGUUUGAUUUGACGGUAAGUUAUUCUAAAGCUGCUUUAGACAGGCGUCGCCGCUCAGUGCUUGACGAUGAUGUGACGAUCUCUCUAGAAAUUGUUGAAAACCUAGCAACUAAACUCAAAUGGCAAGAAAAGGGGGUUCUUUGGUUUUCUCAACUUAACAGUAACUCAAGUAAUCAUCUGUCUGCGGAUAUUCAUGUUGAAUUAUUUCUUGCAAAUAGGAAGACUUAUGAUCUAAAUGCAGUCAAUAUCACAGAAUCAGUUGAUCUUGACACAGUGGUAGACGAAUUAAGGAAUAGUGUACAAAAAGAUAGUUUGUAUGGAAAUACCGACGAUAUAUCAUUCAAAGUUGUUUCAGUUAAAGGAUGCUUGGAUUCUAAAUGUGAAACAUUGUCGUUCAAAAUCACAACAUCACAAACAGAUUCAUCAGAAUUUUGUUUUAUGAAUGUCGACAGAUUCAACACAAAAUGGGACCAAACAAAAGUUGGUACUGUAAUUGAAAUGGCAUGUACUGGUAAUUAUACUGGUACUGUCUCCCGAUUUUGUGGCACAGGAGGCCAGUGGGAAGAGCCGGAUAACAGUCAAUGUACAAGUGUGGCCAUUAAAAAUUUACAAAAACAGGCAAGUAUGCUCCAGACCAGCGACAAUACUGCUGCGAUUGUAAAUGAUAUUCUAAAUGAACUAAAUAAUCUGACGAGCGAAGCUGAGGAUCUAAGAAGCGGUGACAUGGUAACAUCAACAGCUAUAUUGAAAGACAUUUCAGAGCAUGUAGCACAAAACACAGCAGCAGUCUCUGGCAAUCAACUAGAGACAUUUGGUUCACUUUGUAACAGUCUACUGGAUGAUAAAAACAGCAACAAUUGGAAUGAGUUGAAACUGAAGGGACCAAGCAGUAUAACUGGAUUGGUAAAAUCUGUCACACUAUACACCAAGAGCUAUACUAAUGUUAUAGAAAGGGAAUAUAACGUCGUGGAGAAUAAAAAUAUAGUGAUUGAGGUAGGAAAGAUUCGAUCUGAAGAUUUGAUUGUCCCUGUCAAAUCAAAGAUAUCAGAAUCCUGGAUUUCGGAUUCUCCGACGGAAAUAACCCUGAAUAAGAAAAACUUUGAUGAACUGAAUAUAACUGGAUAUAGUACUGUGUUCUACAGAAAUAUUUCGAAGAUAUUUCCCGAUUAUUUUCAACAAAACGGAGAACUAAGUGUUAUUAACAGCAGCUAUGACGUGAAUUCAUUUGUUGCCGACUUUUCUAUUGAGCCAACACCAGAACGUUUAGAUUACCCUUUGAUUAUAAAAUUUCAGCACAUAUCGGCGGGCUACUCAAAACCAUUUUGCGGAUUCUGGGAUUUUGAUAUACAAGACACUCCGAAUGGAGCAUGGUCUACAGAAGGAUCAAGAGUUACUGAAUCAACUAACAGUUAUACAAUAUGCCAAUAUAACCAUACCACAAAUUUCGCUAUUUUGAUGAGUCCAGUGAAAACGCCCGAUUUGCACAACCUACCUUUGAGUAUAAUAUCAACUGCUGGAUGUAUUGUGUCUAUUUUUUUCCUGAUAUUUACCAUUGCUGUACAUUUUGUUUUAUGGAGACAUGUACGAAGUGAUAGAUCAAAAAUUCUAAUGAACUUAUGUGUGGCUUUGAUUUUGUCGUAUGGCCUGUUCUUAGCUGGAGUUACAAGAACAGGGAAUAAGGUUGUUUGUACUGGUAUAGCGGUUGGACUACAUUACAUAUUUUUGGUAGAUUUUGCAUUGAUGUUAGGGGAAGGAAUACAAGUAGCAAUAAUGGUUGUUAUUAUUUUCCGUUCAAAGUCGAUAAUUCAGUGGUUGCUUCCUUUAUGCUGGAUCCUUCCCGCUGUGAUCGUAAGCAUUUCUGCAGGGGUAACCAAGUUUGAAGGAUAUGGUAAUGCCCAGUAUUGUUGGCUAUCCCUGGAAUCGAAUCUCAUCUGGGCGUUUGUAGGACCUGCUCUGUCUGUAGUUGUGGCUAACUUUAUUAUACUAGUCAUCAUGCUUCAUAGAAUGUUGACAGUUAGAGGGCUUCCGGCAAAAACAUUGAAACAAAAAUCGAAGGCAGGAAUAAAAAGUAUCUGUGUUAUCUUACCACUGUUUGGUGUAACAUGGGUCCUCGGUGUGUUUUCUGUAAACGAAGACUUAGUUGUUUUUCAAUACCUUUUUGCUAUACUUAACUCAUUACAGGGUUUCUUCGUGUGUUUGUUCCAUUGCUUUUUGAAUAAACAGGUCAAGCAAGGAUACCAGCAUUAUCAAAGACGGAGAAGAGCAAGUCAAAUGGAUUCUAAAUCAUUCACACAAUCCAGUACCUUUGACAAUCAAACAAAACAACAACGAGAUAACAAUGAUCCAGUUUCUAAGCGGAAGACAUCCAGUGAUGGAAAUUACUUGAAUCAGCGAAGGCAUCAAACCAAUUCUCCAUAUUUUGAUUCCAUAUUUGACAAUCCUGCUUAUUCGCCUUCGAAUACUUAAACUGUUAAAACUGUGUAUGGGGACUCGAACAGAUAAUGAAGAUGUUUACAGCAGUGUCAAAGACGUAGAUACCAUCUUUUAUUGUAAGGAAUUAAUUGAGGAAGUGAAAAUGUUUAUGCAAUGAACGUAAUACGUCUUCACAUCUUAAAAUAAAUAACAUGGUUGUUACUAAUGGAAUGGGACUUUUUAUUUUACACAAAUGAUGCUUUCUGUUGUUUGUUUUUUCUAUUUCAGUAGGAUAAUGACUUGAAGUGCACGUUCUACAUGUUCUAGUUGUUUAUAUGUUUAUUUUACAAAUAAAGUAUCAGUCAAUAAACUAUCAAAUGUU